ACCAUUUAAUUGUUUAAUUACUGAUCUAAACACUAUGACGUACCCUACGAACUAACAGCAACCUCACAGUUAUUAUGGUGGAGACAGUAGAGGAGAGCCGCACAGUACUGACAGCAUGGAAGGAGAGGUGGAGUGACGAACAGUGGCUGUGUGAACUCAUUGAUAACAGGCACAAACACGACCCUAUUAAACUCUCUAAUGUUGUUUUGGAACUGUUAUCUGUUGGCAAGAAGCCAAAUCUGCAACUGUUACAUUAUCUUGACCUCGCUAUCGCGUGUCAAGCUGUACCUUUGUGUGCUUUUAUCAGAGCAGUUCAUGGCAGUUUCAGGGCUAAGAGCGGAUCAUUAGAUAUCAUCAACAGCUUAGUUACAACCGUUUCCAAUCACAUGGCAAAUCUAAGAGAUGAAGUAGACCAAGAAGACCCAGCCAAGUUACCCACUUCUCUUCUAGCUCUUGUAGAAUGGCUGGUGUACGUUCAAGUUAACGCCAUCAAGCAGCUUUCUUUCGGCACGGAGGAAGAAUGUUUGUCACUUUUCCGAGGAUGCACAUCUAUAAUACAAUCAAUAUCCGAGGAUAUACUGCUCUCCUCGCUGGCUCCUUUGUGGGGCGCUGGGAGAUGGCAAAACCUUACUUCUGCUACUCAAAACAUUCACAUUCCCCUUGAUGCUUGUUCUGAAGACGGUAAGAAAGCUUUGGCCUCCUCUGUCGUCUCCUUUGUACGGUAUUUAGAGAAGAUCCAUCCACCUGCCUCCUCCCCCACCCUUAGCAACCACCUCUUCAACUUACCCUGCAAACUCCUCCUACACCUAGAUAUCCUGCACCACGGUUCUCUGUGCAGCGCCACCUACUUCACCAAAACAGCACUGCACUACCGGUGCUCCUUGCAGAAAGUGUGCAUCGAGUGGGGCAAGGCACACCUGCAGGUCAUGAACGAGAACAAGUGCACAAAACCAGCAACCAUACUGGACGAGAAGAAGAAGAGUUGCAGGGAACUGGUCCUGGCGAUGUUCCUCUACAAAUACCCUAGAGUUGUUGCUGAGUUGUUCCCCAGUACGAAACAGAGUGAGGUUGUAAUUACUCAUCUCCUCCAACAGGACGUGUGUUGGGCUACUGUGUGUUCUACUCCAGAGUGGAACAUUGCACUCCCCUUCUUACAGGCUGCUCUCAGACACAACCUCAUCACUAACGCAACGUUUGAGAAACUGAAAGAGAGCAAGUCUUCAGAGCAUACUUCCUCGGAGAUCGUAAACGCGCUGCACAACGCAGAGCGCACGCUCGAGGAAGCGUGUGAACUGUUCAACACCACUACGUACACCGCCAACACUGCAAACCAAACCAUAUCCCUGCUGGAGGGAAUGACUUGUAGCUCAGCUAAUAUAAUCGAGAUAUUUGAUCGGUUGUUCUACGUUGCAGCAGCUAAAGGAGAGCUGAAAGUUCUGGUAGCUCGGAUAUGUAACCUGAUAGAUAACACGUGUGAUGGCAGCUCUACUGACCAGUUCGAGGAACAGAACAGAAUCGCUCUGUUUGAUAUUUCCUGUCUUCUCCUUAUCCGCUGCUGUAUGAUGUUCGGUUCUGAGGUUGUCCCAGAGUCGGCUCCGUUCUGCCGCUGGCUGGGAAGUCACGUGUGCGGGUUAAAUAACCCCCUGCAGCCCCUCAUGCCGCUCAUUCAUCCCGGACACCAUGAGAAUGUUAACAUGUUGGUUAAGUUUUUCUCCUCUCCUGAGUGCAAACUUAACACCAACUCGCUGCAGAAUGUUAUCUCCGCUAUACCUGAUACUUUAAGCGAUAUAAUUAACGGAUUCAAAACUGAGAUGAUACAGCAGGACGUGUUCAACCAGCAAGCAAUGAUUUUAAGAGAGUACAUGCUAGCUCCUUCCUUCAUCGCAAUUCACUGGCUCAUAAACUUCAAGGAUACGGCAAUAGAGGAUAACAGGCACAUGACUAUCAUGAUGAAACCUUUACUGAAGCCAUUCCGCCCAUCUGAAGCAGGGUAUACACAGGUACUCCUCGGACAAAGGAUAGAAAUUCUACACAGAUCAAUUAACGCUUCUGUCAGUCUACAGGACAUGAAACUGAAGAAGUUGAACAAGAAACCCUUCUGGGUAAACCACGUGGAACGGCCAGUUAGUCAGGAUUCCUUAGACAGUGUCUGGACUCAGGUACGUAGCAGUGCAACUCUGGACAAGCUGGCUCAACUGUUCUUGUCAGAUAACGUUCCAGAUGUAGUCUAUACUGCUGCAGUACAAACUCUCAGUCUCAAACUUUCAGAUGAUAUCAGACAUGCUAUUUUCUCAAGCGCUGCCGUUCUUCAGACUGAUCCUAGAUAUGUUCCCUGGUUGCUUCAGCACACUGUCCCAGGAUUGCUGAACGAAGGCCCACCCUCUAACUGGAAGUCGUACAUCUGGUCCCUGGCACAACUCACCUUUCUAUCUGUUGAUUUGUACCUCAGUAAUAUGGCUGACAACAGCAACUCAUCUAUUGAUAAUGAGAUUAGAGCACCAAAAAGACAAUGCCGGCGAAGACAGCUGGAGUCAUUUAACCGUUCUGACAAGUUGAAGGAAGCUCUGCAGGUGUUUUGGCGGGAAAUGAAAGACGUUAUUAAGGAGGAGGGCUUCAGUUAUUCCACCACAUUCCUUCACAGGUUCAUCAAGUUUGGAAUAGAAAUGGAUAAGUCCCGAUUAAAAGACAUUAUUGCGGAUGUAGACAAGGAUGUGAUAAAAUCUAUAGCUACCCAUCUCAUCGAACACGAACUCAUUUCAGAUGGAGUAACCUUGCUCCUUUUGUCGGGGGUCGAUCAGAGUCAGUGUUCUUCGAUAUUGCAAAGUGUUCUCUGAACGCUGUCAGAGGUCUCACGAAGACCAAUCUUGAAACGCUUUAAAUCGACUUUCGUGUGAUUAUAUAAAUCGAUAUGCUUGUCACGUACCUUCACUGCUAUUGAGAUACUACUAUUAGUAUUUGUAACUAUUUCAUUUGUCAUUGCCUCCGGUGUUGCCAGAACUCAAGAAGAAUUUGAAUUUUCCGCACUUCUUAAAUUUGACGGCUUUUGCCUUUUUACUUUUAGGAUAUUUGGGUUACAGUUGGAACUGGAAGAUUUCAAUUUCAAAUUUUAUUGUGACUGCUCGAAAUUUAUCUUUAAAUCUCA